UUUUCAUUUUCAAGCUACGGUCGCGGGUUCGGUUUGGUUGGAACGUUCUUGGGCGAAGAUUCCCCGUUAAAUCUCCCAAACGGUUUCUACGGCAUCUUCUACUACUUCCUGGUGGCCGGGCUCUCCUUCAGCGACAGCAUCCGGAUCAAUCGUCUCAACAGCUACCUGAUCGGCCUAUCGAACAUCAUGUCCCUAUACCUGGCCUAUCUUCUUUACUUCGUGCUGGAGGAUCUGUGCAUCGUUUGCGUCACCACCUACGGCGUCAAUCUUAUCAGUCUUAUCCUAGCCCGCCAGAAGGUGCAGCACAUGGUGCGUGAAGACCAAGUCCUCAAAGCGAUGACCAAGGAUCGUUGAACAACGAAAAAAUCCGUACACAAAAAAAACAUCACUAGCUUUAUAGCACAAACAAAAAAAAAUGUUGAAAAAAAAAGUAUUUAUUUUACACCGAAUAUUGUGCGAUUUGUUCCCUGUUGAAUACCGUUUACUACUUGAUACUUGAAUUUCUUCUACACACGCCAAAUAACGAAACCAAACUGUUGUGAUACAUUAAAUGUGUUUUAAGUAUUGAA